AUGGCCAAUCUUAAGCUAUGCACCUCUACCAUUCUCAAAACCACACUUUGCAUCUUUUUGUUAGCCAUCUCUCUUGAAUCCGCAGCUGCCACCCGAACCCUCACAGAUUCGAACCCACUUCUGACCAACCAACAUGUCUCCUCUGGUCCAAUAGACCCUGACGUGGCUCCUCAAGACGAUCCUAACCCCGAACCACCGACUACCAUCGCACCUGCACCUCUUGUCACUCCUUCCGUCCCAAUCGUUGCCCCUGGUGCCACGGUUUCUCCAGCUGCCACAACCCCAACAACCACAGUGGCACCGGUCACCACUCCCACAGGUGGGUCUGCGGCGGUUGCUGCAACCGCCGCCGGUGGUGGUGCGGAACAUCCAACUUUAAGCUUCUUUAUGCAUGAUGUUCUAGGAGGAUCUCAAUCUACAAGCAGGGUGGUCACCGGCAUCGUUGCCACCUCUGAUGCCAACGUUGUUCCGUUUUCUAGUCCUAACAGUCAAGUUUUUCCGAUCACCGGCGGAGUCCCACUGAACAAUAUCAAUGGUAUAGUCAAUAACAACAACAUCCCGUUCUUAGCCGGCUUCAACGGCAAUAACCCCAAUAACCCAAAUGCCAACACCGUCCUCCAAAACACCGGGAACAACAAUGUUGUUAACGGAGGGAACAACUUACCGUUUGUUGCUGCCGGCCAACUUCCGGCCGGUAUAACCCUCCAGCAACUCAUGUUUGGGUCAAUCACGGUCAUCGACAACGAGUUGACCGAAGGACACGAGCUUGGCACCGGCGUGCUAGGCAGAGGACAAGGGUUUUAUCUAGCGAGCUCAUUGGAUGGAAGUAGCCACACAUUCGCACUCACGACGUUGUUCCAUGGCAGCGACCAUGAGGUGGAGGACACGAUUACUUUCUUCGGGGUUCAUCGGACGGCGUCGGAAGUAUCUCAUAUCGCCGUGAUUGGUGGGACCGGAAAGUAUGAAGAGGCGAAAGGGUAUGCUACGAUUGAAAGUCUACCUCAGGUGGAUGAACACGUUACUGAUGGUGUUGAAACCAUUGUUCAUGUCAAUGUCUACCUUACUCCGUCAUAAGGAGUGAUCCUUAUGUACAUUAUUUAAUUUCUGUUUUGUAAUUCUUGCUUGAAUUGGAGUGCUUUAAGCUUCAAAAGUUGUA